CCAGACUACGCGUUCUGCCCGGUGCCAGGAAUUAUCCCGGAGACUCAAUUUCCAGCGGGUGGGGUGACCGUGAUCGCGGAGAUCAUGCGCAACGAGCAAUGGCCGUCGGCUCACGCAAAGGUGCAAAUGUAUCGACAACUUGAUGGUGUGGAGUAUAUUUUCUGUUUGAAGACGUCUCCGGCGAUGGAUUCCUGGCCUUACGAGCUCUACGACGUCGGCAACAACAACCCAGUGUAUCCUGAUGGUGCUGAGCAGCACUCGUUCGACAUUAACGAGACGGACGUGCCGGUUAACGACCAGCAUCUCGUUCGCUUCGACUCGAGGCGUGACCUCGGCUUACCGCAGGGCGCGCUGUUGCCAGCAGACGUUCCAGACGAAAUUGCCAUUGACCUGGUCGCUCUAGCUAAACGUGCGCGUUUGAUGGCGCGUUUGCGCGGGGAACACGUAGCUGCGUGA